GCUCUUGGGGCACUGAUCUUUGUGCUGCCUGCCCCUAUGGGCCUGGUGACCUUCUGGUGGCCGGGGCCCGGCCUGGCUAUUUGGGGCGGGGCUCUCUGGGAGGUGAAGGCGGCCCCUUUCCUUUCAUGCAUUCUCAGUGACAAUUACACGCCCACACAUUCCUGCACCUUUAUAUAUAUAUGAAGUCUUCCUCACAUACAGAGAUACCUGUACAUAUGCACACUCACAGUACAUACGUACUUCCCCACAUUACUCACUGAGUUAACCAGGGUGUUAUUAUGUUGUUGGUUUUAUUACAGCGACGGUGAUAUCAGCAGUAUGACUAUAUAUGUAUAUAUAUUUUUUUUUUUACAAUGAUGUGCAUUACAGUACUUUUCAUUCUGUUCACUAUCAUGGAUAAUCAUUUCAUUACUACAAUUAUGUGUGACUGUUUCAAUGCGGUAUUAUCAUUGUGAUCACUAUCAUAGUUCAUCAUUUCAUGACUGCUAUUAUGUGUGACUGUUUCAAUGCAGUAUUGUCAUUGUGAUCACUAUCAUAGUUCAUCAUUUCAUGACUGCUAUUAUGUGUGAUUGUCAUUGACAGCUUUGUCAUUGUGGUUGUUGAUAUUGUUUUGUCCUUAUGUCCUUGUUCGUCUUUAUAGUUGUCACAGACAUUUAUUUGCUGAUGUCGUUCUGUAUGUUUCUGUUGUUCUGUCACUAUUGUUGUUGUUGCUGCUGUUGUCCUUGUCUCUUGUCUCUCUUUUUUUGUUUUUGUCCCCCCCCGUUUCCUUUUCUCUUCUUCUCUGUCCCCUCCUGCUCCGGUCCGGUCGCUCCAAAUGUGCUUUCUAACAAGCAUCAAGGUUGAAUAAAUUUUGUAUGACAGGACACUUCUCCCUGGCAGAGUAAAUCUGUUGAGCACUUGACGGCAUUUAGAUCUACAAUUCUAUCUGCUUUAAAGGCUGGACAGGACAGGGGGAAAAAAAAAAAAAAAAAAAAGGAUUACUGCACAUGGAUAACUUUCUGACUUCAGUCAGCCACUUCCUGUUGGCGUUAAAAGCGGGAGGAGCCACUCAACAUCCAGGUCAGCGCUACCCUGCCCACAUAUUUGACUUCUGUCAGAGCAGAACCAACCGGAUUCUGAAGGCUCCCAGCGUGCCUUGUGUGUGUGUGUGUGUGUGUGUGUGUGUGUGUGUGUGUGAGACACAUUCCUCAAUACACGCCCUCUUCACAUGUCACAUGACACCACCUUUAGUAUGAUAGCAGCUAUUCCAAGAAUUCUAUCCCUCCUUUAUGGGAUAUCCAACCACUGGAGCUUUUUGGGAAUACCAGUGAUCCCAGCGUCCCCAAGGGCGUAACUUAACACCACUGGUGUCUGUCUGUUUGACCACGCCCACUAGUGAUGUCACACACCUUGAUUGGACUACAACUGCUUCCCUUUGAUAAUGAUGGGAUUAGAAAUGGAAUAAGGAAACUAUGGAAGAUGGAAGGAUGAGGAUGGAGAACAAUGAAGGUGCUUUUAUUUCUCCUUAUAGUCUAGAUUUCAAUUUUUAUACUUUUAUUCUUUUCCCCCCAUAGCUGCACUACCUCCUGUCCACUCAACAGCUUCACAUCUGCUCAUCUAAAGGGCGCAUUUCACAAAGGGUCUCCUAUUACACACACACAAGAAAUACAUCAUCUCUCAUUGCGUUUAAUACUGUAAAUCAUUACUCUUAUACUCGCAAUCACAGACCUUCUGCAGCCUUUGGACUUGGAAACAUAGUGUGCGUGCACACGUGUGUGUGCGCGUUGACAUGAUGCAGUGGCGAUGUGGUUGUUUUGCCUUCUAGCAGCCAGUAAGAUGAAGUAAAGAGGGUGAGAGGUGAAGUGGGUCAGCAAAAAGUGUUUUAGUAAACCCACACUCCCCAGGACAGGCGUGAGCAAAGAUACACAUCCUUGCACGCGUCCCAGUUGAAGCUUGGCACGACGGUCAGUUCAGCAGCCAUGAUGGAGCGCUGGUGGGCGUGGCCCGUCCUGGUCACCUUGGCGACCAUGUUCCUUGGCGGUUCCUGCAGUAAAAACUCAGAGUUCUCCUCCGACACGCUGAUCAACAACGUGGCCCGAGACCCUCGCUCCGGGCGGCUGUACGUGGGCGCUGUGAACGCCCUCUACCAGCUGACCCCUGACCUGGUGGCGGAAAGCCGCAUAGAGACAGGGCCGAGGCGGGACAACCGGCAGUGCACGCCACCCAUCACGGAGGCGUGCGAGGACGCCGUGGACACGGACAACCACAACAAGCUGCUCCUGGUCCAUGCCGCCAAGGACACACUGGUGGUGUGUGGCAGCAUCUUCAGGGGCAUCUGCUCACUGAGGAACCUCAGCAACGUGGAGCACGUGAUCUACUUCAGCGACAGCAAGGGUGAGAAGUCGUAUGUGGUGAGCACCGAGGAGAGCGUCUCGGUGGUGGGGGUCAUGUCCUAUUUCACCAAGGACAGAGACAACUUCACUGUCUUCCUGGUGGCCAAAGGCUACGGCAGCCACGACAGCACCAAGCUCAUCUCCACACGUAUCCUCCGGGACUACGGCGAGUGGAACAUCUUUGAAAACAUCAUCGACGCCUCGGCCGUGCAGGCCAACCCAUUUGUGCUGAAAUACCUCCACGACUUCCGAUUCGCCUUCAAAGACGGCGGAUUUGUCUACUUCCUGUUCUCACGCACGCUGGGAAUGCAGGACACCAAGAACUUCACCUUCAUCACCAGGAUGUGCGAGGACGACCAGAGCUACUACUCGUACACCGAGCUGCAGCUCAACUGUAGCGCCGCAAACAAGUACAACAAAGUUCAGGCCGCCUACGUCACAACACCAGGGGAGGUUCUGGCUCAGAAUCUGACCAGAUCGGGCCAGUAUGGAUCAGUCUUGGCCUCUGACAAGGUUCUGUUUGUCACCUUCUCUUCUGAUGAGGACCCGUCCACUUCAGCCAUGUGUAUGUACCCUCUGCGUGCUAUAAAUAAGAGACUGCUGGCCAUAAUCGGCGCCUGCUACAGCCACGGCGGCCUCAUUGACGACAGGCCCUCCGUCUACUCGCCAUACUCCACCAAGUCGGGGGGUCUGUGCAGCAGCAACAACCAGCAAAACAUGAUGCUGAAGUACAAGUGUGGCGCUGAGUUCCUGCCCUCGCCGCUGGCCAGCAAAGCUAACGUCGCUCUAGUCGCCGAGCCCUCGCUGGUCCGUAAGGGUCACAUGACUGCUGUGGCCGUGGCUGUGGAAAUGGGACACGCUGUGGCCUUCCUGGGCACCGCAAACGGAGAGGUGCUCAAGCUGCACCUCUCCGCCCACCCAGAGGUGUAUGGGCGGUCUUCAGGUGAGAUGACGAGCGACAAGGUCAACAAGGAUCUGCUGUUGGAUUCCCAGCUGCAGCACUUGUAUAUCACCACCGAGAAGAAGAUCACCAAGGUUCCAGUCCAGUCCUGUCACCUGAAGACAGACUGCCAGUCCUGUAUGUCCCUGAAGGACCCGUACUGUGGCUGGUGUGUGCUGGAGGGAAGGUGCACCAGGAAGCAGGAGUGCAGCAGGUGGACCGAGGAGAACACCUGGCUGUGGUCGCCCUAUCAGCAGUGUGUGGAGAUCCAGGCCUUUGACCCUCCAAGCAUCAGCUGCCAGAAGACGCAGCAGGUGGACAUCAGCAUCCCCACCCUGCCCAGGCUGAGACAGUCAGACAAGCUCCAUUGCCUCUUUGAAUCGUUCCCCAGCGGAGCAGCGGUGACUGGCGGCCAGGCAGUGGUCACCUGCUCCUUGCCAGAUCUUGUGGAUAUCCCGCCCACUCCUGAUCAACAAGACUUUGUGUCCGUCCCCGUCCAAAUUGUGGUGAACGACGGGAUUGUGGUGACGUCCGGAGAAUAUCACUUCUAUAACUGUGCCGCCACAGUCAGAAAGAACCCUAACACACCGUGUAUUUCGUGCGUGACCAGUGAAUGGGGCUGUCAGUGGAACGCUCGGGAGCACCGAUGCAGCGACAAUGAUGAUGCUGUGGCUGGAAGCCACAUCAUCAAUCCUCAACAGCUGGACCGUUGUCCUCAGUUUGAGUCUCCGGAGCCGCUGCUGAUCCCUGUGGGCUUUGAGGUGCCCAUGAGCUUCCAGGGAAGAAACCUGGACAUCUACACGGGCCGGAGGUUUGUGAUAGGGACGGAGCUGAUGAAGCAGAUGGAGGAGGAGGUCAUGCAGGAGCAGGGGUCAAAGUUUAAAUUCAGAGGACACGAGUUUUCCUACUCUAAGCAGCAGGAGGUGAACAUUUCCUUCCAUGUGAUAGAACGUGACACAGAGCGCAAGAUUGACAGCACCCUGACAGUGGUUCUGUACAACUGCUCGGUGGGAAGAGAGGACUGCAGUCUGUGCAAACACGCUGAUGCCAAGUACGAGUGUGUUUGGUGCGCCGGCUCGCAGGCGUGCGUGUAUCGACAAUUGUGCCCCACCGCGCAGCCGGCGCUUUGUCCCGCCCCCAAGAUCACCGACAUCAUCCCUCGCUUCGGUCCGCUCAACGGUCACAUCUCUGUGACCAUCAGAGGCUCCAACAUGGGCAUCAAGAAGGAAGACAUUAAGAGGAUCAGCGUGGCGGGUGUGGAGUGUGCCCACCAGGAGGACAAGUACACCGUCUCCACGAGUGUGGUGUGUGAGAUCGGCCCUGCCAAGCGAACGCCACCCUUUGACUUCCCGCUGGAGCCAAACAACAGUGGCGUGGUGGAAGUGGAGGUGGAGGGGGGCCGAAGUGGAAGCUCCAAGGUGGUUUUUACCUAUCGGGACCCCAAACCUGACACCGUGCACCCCGGGAAGGGUCCUGCUGCUGGAGGGACCGUCAUCACCAUCAGCGGCGAGGACCUGGACACGGCGACCAAAGCGGACGUGAUGGUCGCCGUGGGCGGAGUUCCUUGUGAAGUGCUCUCCUUCGGCCAGCGGAUCACCUGUAAGACGAGCAGGUAUCGAGGACAGAAGGUUCCCUCGGACCUGCUUACAGUGAAGGUCAACUACGGGAAAAACACCAGCAAGGAGGUCGCUGCUGCCUUCCAGUACUCAGAGAACCCAAAGAUCUCAGAUUACUCCCCAAAGUCCAGCUUUGUGUGCGGCGGGCGGAAGAUUGUGGUGAUCGGAAGCAGUUUUGACCUGAUCCAGAGGGCCAGCAUGAAGGUGGUGCCCACCUCUGACGACUUCUCCACAGGCGCAUCACCUGUGGAGUUUGUGCAGGAGGCUCUGAGCAAGAACGACACCGUGCUGCAGUUCUACUCCCCGACGGUCAACUGGAGCGACAGCCGCUCUCUGCGAACCUUCCUGCACCUGGACAACGUCAUCGAGGAGCUGAGGGCCUUCGCCUACCACCCCGACCCCACCUUCAAACCGCUGUCCAAGAACAUGCUCACAGAGACCAGCGUCAUCAUCGUCACUGGUCGAGGCUUCUCCAAGGCCAUGACGGCCAAAGAGGCACAGGCUUUUGUUGGAGACGCUUCCUGUCACGUUAGCAUACUUCAGGAUGACAAGUUGAUCCUGGAUGCACCAUUGUCUCAGCCCAGAGCUCGAACCAAACGACAGCGCAGAGACACCAGCAACGACCCGCUGGAGCUUGUGGUGAAGUUUGGCCACGGGGAGUGGAUGGUUGGCUCAGUCUACUACGCCAGCAAGGAUGACAUCCCUUUGGCCAUCAUCAUUCCGGCCGUCAUCGUCCCCAUGCUGCUGUUCAUCGCGGUGUCCGUGUACUGCUACAGGAGAAAGAGUCAGCAGGCGGAGCGAGAGUACGAGAAGGUGAAACAUCAGCUGGAGAACCUAGAGGAGAGCGUGAGGGAUCGCUGCAAGAAGGAGUUCACAGACCUGAUGAUCGAGAUGGAGGACCACACCAGCGACCUGAGCGAAGCCCGCAUCCCCUUCCUGGACUACAAAACCUACACCGACCGGAACUUCUUCCUGCCCUCUAAGGACGGCGUGAACGACGCCAUGAUCACAGGGAGCAUCCAAAUCCCAGAAUCCCGCAGGGCCACCGUGGCUCAGGCCCUCAACCAGUUUUCCAACCUGCUCAACAGCAAGACCUUCCUCAUCAACUUCAUCCACACGCUGGAGAGCCGGCCAGACUUCAACGCCCGGGCCCGCGGUUAUUUCGCCUCGCUGCUGACGGUGGCGCUGCACGGCAAGCUGGAGUACUACACCGACAUCACCAGGACGUUGCUGCUGGAGCUCAUGGAUGAGCACGUGAACAACAAAAACCCUAAACUCAUGCUCAGGAGGUCGGAAACUGUCGUGGAGAGGAUGUUGUGUAACUGGAUGUCCAUCUGCCUUUACCAGUUCCUCAGGGACAGCGUCGGGGAGCCGCUGUACAAACUCUUCAAAGCGUUGAAACAUCAGGUGGAGAAAGGUCCAGUGGACGCCAAAAUGAAGAAGGCCAAGUACACGCUAAACGACACAGGACUGCUAGGAGACGACGUGGAAUAUUCCGUACUGACCCUGCAGGUGCUGGUGCACGGGGAGGGGCCGGAUGUGACCCCCGUCAAGGUGCUCAACUGUGACACCAUCUCCCAGGUGAAGGAGAAGAUCAUUGAUCAGGUCUACAGGAAUCUGCCGUACUCACAGAGGCCAAAGGUGGAGAGCGUGGCGCUUGAAUGGCGUCCCGGAUCCACGGGUCAGAUUUUGUCCGAUGUGGACCUGACCUCGCAGAAAGAAGGACGCUGGAAGAGACUCAACACUUUGGCGCAUUACAACGUGCGGGACAACGCCACGCUGGUUCUGUCCAAAGUGUUGCACACCCAGUCCUUCCAUCAGCACCAGGACAGCUAUGAAGAGCGUAACGCACUGCUGGAGGACGACAACACCUUCCACCUGGUGAGACCGGCAGACGAGCUGGACGAGGUGAAGUCCAAACGAGGCAGCAUGAAGGACAAGUCCAUGACCAAAGCCAUCACUGAGAUCUACCUGACGAGACUGCUCUCUGUCAAGGGGACACUGCAGCAGUUUGUGGAUGACUUCUUCCGCAGCGUGCUAUGCUCAAGCGCUGUCGUCCCCCCUGCCGUCAAAUACUUUUUUGACUUCCUGGAUGAGCAGGCGCUGAAACACGACAACGUGGACGAGGAGACGCUGCAUAUCUGGAAGACAAACAGUUUGCCGCUUCGCUUUUGGGUGAACAUCCUGAGGAACCCUCAUUUCAUCUUCGACGUGCACGUGACGGAGGUAGUGGACGCAUCUCUGCACGUCAUCGCUCAGACCUUCAUGGACGCCUGCACCAAGACCGAGCACAAACUCAGUCGGGAGUCCCCCAGCAACAAGCUGCUCUACGCUAAGGAGAUCUCCACCUACAAGAAGAUGGUGGACGAUUACUACAAAGGUAUCAGACAGAUGGUUCCAGUCAGUGACCAGGACAUGAACACUCACCUUGCUGAGGUUUCCAGGCAACACACGGACAAGUUGAACAGUCAGCUGGCGUUGCAUCAACUCUACCAGUACGCCAGCAAGUACUACGAUGCUAUCAUCCAGUCUCUGGAUGAAGACCCCGCCGCCCAGAACAAGCAGCUGACGCUCCGCCUCCAGCAGAUCGCCGCUGCCCUGGAGAACAAAGUCACAGACCUUUGACCUCACGGGAACGAACGGGGGUUUGAACAUGGGCGGAGUCAAAUGAGCACUGAGACCAGAAGUGAAGCACCGCAUGGCUUCCACGAAGCUUCGCCAACAAAGGAAGACAUUUUGGAUGACGAUGACGGACGAGAGGCGUAGCUUCACGCGUUACCUUUGACCCGCGGUAUGGAGCUCUUUAUGGACCACCACUAAGGUGAUGACGGUUGCUGGGACCUUUUGCUUUUAUUUUUUUAUCACUGCAAUGUGCACGAGGCCUUCAAAAUAAAAGUGAGAAGUGCACAGAGCCACCAAAUUGAAGGGAGCGGAAUAAAAUGCUGUCAGCUCUUAUGAAAUCAUACCUUAUGUCUUUUACUACGCUGACAAAGACCACUUCACGUGCACUACUUGGUUCUUCUCUAAUCCUUUUUUUUUCAACAAUAUUGAAAUGUGAAGCUUUGUUGUGUUUUUGACUUGGAUGUUAGCCUGUACAUGGAUGGAUAUUCUACAGUACAUGCAAGCAGCAUGGCCUGUAUAGCAAAUGGAUGCAUGGGUAUCCUAUAUGGACACCCAAAGGCCUGCAGGAGGUCCACUUUGUGUUGCUGAGCUUUUUGGACACGUUCAUCAAUGAGAUGAUGUUGCCGCCACCCAGUGCCUUGCAGAAGCUAAUGCUUAGCGCCACAUGCUAAUGGAACACUGGUGUCAUGUGAUCAGCUCUUGAAUGUGUUUGUGAACGUGAGCCCAGUUGUUUGUGUACGUUGUAAAGAAUGUAAAGAAGAAGCGGUACUUUCUAGAAGGAUCUUCUUAGUGAUGGGUGAACUUUGGACGGACCAAGAAGACAUGAGCUGCACUUCCUGGACUUUUAUCAGGGAGUCAGCGUUAAAUAUGAACUUUGGAAAUAACCAAUUAAACAAGUUUAAACAAAGAUA